AUGCAGCUGCAGCAACAAGAACCAAACCAACAGCAGCAACAGCAGCAGCAAGACCACCAGCAACAACAGCAACAGCAACAGCACCAGCAACAGCAGCAGCAGCAGCAGGAGCAGCAGGAGCAACAGCAGCAGCAGCAGGAGGAAGAGGAGGAGGAGGAGGAUGCUGCUGCAUCUCCUAUGAUGGAAAGUGCAGCAGCAGCAGCAAUUGCUUCGCUGCGGGAUGUCUUCGCCUUCGAUACAGUUACCGUCACCAAACACCUAGGCCAUGCUGUCCAGCUAGCUAUGGAUCAAUACAGCUAG